GAUAUAUCGACGAUAUUAUAGCGAUAUAUUUUGAAAUGGAAGAUAUCGUUGCCCAGAGCAACGGUAGUGUGAUCAAUUUCCAUGAUUGCUGGAAAAUUCUCAACAAAAAGUGCUAAAAUUCUCCGAGAAGAAAUAAUGAAUCGUCUCAGUAGAGCCUCUUCUUCAGCAAAAUCUACAAGGAGUGAAGAAAAAGUUUCAAAUGUGAAGAAAAGAGCUGUAAAAACAGCUCGCAGAAGUUCUCAAUCGGAUUUCCCACGAAAAACCAGACACAGAUUUUGUCUUUUGAGACAGAAUAAAGAACCAGACGACUUUGAGGAAAGUAUUUGGCAUCUUGUAGCUGAAGACUUGCCUGGUCCAAGUCCCCACACAAAAAACCAAUCUAGAGCAGAAAAUCCCUUGGGAAAAUCCAAUAUACAUGAAGAUAGAAAGAAAUUAGCGGAAGAAUGUGAAAAACGCAAACGGCGUCUACAGGAGAUUGAUAAACUACGUUCUAGUAGAAAGAUUCCUGAAAAAUCUCUCUUAGAUACUGACGAAGACAAUCAACUGCUACUUCUGGAUCGUGCUUUUGUUGCAAAGCAGGAGCAAGAAGAGGAAGUAAAGCGAGCCAAUCGAUUAAUUCUUGCAACAAAAUGCCAUGUGAUCCGGGAUGCUCAAAUUGCGGAGAAGAAUGAAAUAGACAGAGAACUGCGUGAGGAAGACGUGCGUCUGGAGAGGAUUAUGCUGGAGGAUCGUGAGAAAGCCCUCAAAGAAGAAGAAGAACGCAUCAAGAAGGAGAAAGUUCUCAAUAAUCUUCAUGCACUGGAACUGCAGAAGCAGCUUGAAGAACGCGAACGAGCUCGCCAUCUUGAAGCAGAGCGAAUUGAGAAUGAAGCACAAAAAAUGGCUAGAGCACAAGUGGUUCUCAUACGAGAUAUGGAAGAGCAAGAGAAACAACAGCAUGCUAAGAGUCAAAAGUUGCGACAGGAGCUCCAGCGCGCCAAUGAGCUCACCGAAUGGUUCCGUCGGCUGGAAUUUGAACAGCAGAGGAUCGAAGAGAUGCGCAUCCAGGAAUACAUGAGGAAACGCCAACAGCGAGAGGAAAAACUCGCUGAAGAACGUAGAAUUGCACGUGAAAAACGCGAAAGGGAAAAUGAUAGGAUGCUGAAGCAGCAGCAGAAAGUGAUUGAUGCUGCAGUCGAGAGAUUUGACAUCAUGAUACGACGAGAGCAAGAACUCAAAGAGCGGGAAUUCAGACAGCGAGAGAAACAGGCUGUAAUCCGACGUAAGGAAGCCGAGCAAGCUAUCUUGGAAGCCCGUCAUCGACAACAAGAGGAAGUUAGGCGUUUAAAAAUGCAAGAGAUUGAGAAGGAACGAGCAGAUUAUGCUAAAGUUUUGGAGAAACUACAUGCGGAAGAAGAAAGAGAAAAAUCUCUAGAUAAACAACGCCAUGUUGAGAGGGCAAAAUACCGACAGGAGAUUAUUGAGCAGAUGAAGGAGAGGGAGUGUCUCAGGCAGAAAUUGAGAAAUCAGGCGCGUGACGAAUUAAAUGCCCUAAGGGAAGCUGAGAAGUCUCGAGAACUCAAUAUUCAACAAGUGAUAUCAUCAAAAAUUCAACAAAUGCGCUCCAGUAAAAUUCCUGAGAAAUUUAUUCGGGACGUAGAAAGACAAUUGAAGGUAGACAGUGAUAAGUAA